AUGAUAAUAACAAUAAGUAAGAAUAACUAUCCUAAUUUUGUUCAUGGGGGUAUUUUCACGGGUUCUUCUUCUGUAUCAGCUAGUGGACAGGCAUCUUGCAUUUCUAGUAACCCAGCUAUUCCUGUAAAAUCGUUUUCGGCGCCUGUAACUCAAAGUAUUGCCAACCCGCUUCUUCCUCCUAUAGUGCGUAUGACAAAAAAAGCGGCUGAAGAGGGCGACAGCGUUUACGUAUUAUCGCGAUUUAGAGAUCGAGCCGUGUAUUACAAUGUGAGACUUUUCCUUGCUUAUUUACAUGAUGCCUCUGACAAUGUUCAUCAUGAAGGUAAAACUAGGAUAAGUGUGAAAGUUUUUAUUGAGAGUGAGGGUCUUCCUACUGAAUAUGCACGUUUAUCUAAAUUAUUCAGAAAAUUUCACGAGACUCUAGAUGUAUCAUCUCUUCAAGUUGACAAAGACUUAGAAACAUACAGGAAUCAUAUGAAAAAUUUUUUCGUUCCUCCGACUCGACGUAAUAACUCUAACCUAAUCCAUCUGACUGAUUCUGGUAAUAGUUCAACAAGGUUAAUAAACCAGCUUUCGUUAUAUUACCAGAACGUAAGGGGCCUUAGGACUAAAACGAACGAAAUCCAUAAAAACUCUUUGUUGCUGGACUUUGAUGUUUACUUAUUGUCUGAAACAUGGUUGCAUAAUUCUAUUGACUCAUUAGAGUUGUUUGAUCACUCUUAUGUGGUCUUUAGGAAAGAUAGACUUCUUACGGUUUCUGACAAUGUAAACAUACCCAAGGGUGGAGGAGUUCUUAUAGCUUUGAAAAAUAUCUUUAACGCGUCUGAAGUUAAUUUAUCUCAAUUCCCAUCUUUGGAAGUAGUUGCUAUUAAAAUUCGUUUUGCCAAAAAGUCCUUGUUUUUUAUUUGUUGUUAUAUUCCUCCUAACUCUUCGUGUGAAACUUAUCACAAUUUAGUGGAGGCUGUUGAUUACAUUUCGUCUCUGGCUAAUGCAGAGGAUGACUUAAUUAUCUGUGGUGAUUUUAAUUUACCUCAUAUUUUAUGGAAAUCAGUCGAUGAGGAAAAUUACAUGACGCCAGCUUAUAUAUCUUCUAUUGCUGAAGCAACACUUAUUGACGGUUUUAAUUCUUAUGAUUUACAACAAAUUUCCAACACUUUUAAUUCUAGUGGUAGAAUGCUUGACCUUAUCUUUACUUCUGAUUGGGUUAAUGCCUUUCACUAUCCUAUUUUCACGCCUUUAACUAAAAUUGACAACUAUCACCCUCCGAUAGGAUUUAGCUAUAACUAUGAUAGUCCUAUAAACUCUCAGCAUAAUAUAUCAUUUGGAUAUAAUUUUUCUAGAGCUGAUUUUGUAGGUCUAAAUAAUUAUUUCUUUACGGUGGAUUUCGAGACAUUACUUUGUAAUGUUCCUAUUGACGAAGCAGUAAAGAAAUUUUAUGAUGUCGUUUUACAUGGUUUUGACAUGUAUGUUCCUAAAACGCGUAAUAAGAGUAUUGAUUCAAGUCCGGUUUGGUUCUCAAUUGAGUUGAAAAAAUUGAGAAAUAAAAAGAAUAAGGCGUGGAGAAAAUAUGUUAAGACUCAGAGCUCUGAGUCUUAUUCUACUUUCAUAAAUUUAUUUUAUUCAUUUAAACGUUUGUGUGAAGUGAGUUAUAGUAAUUAUUUGUCAGGUUGCUCUUUGGAAUUAAAGCAAAAUCCCAAAUCUUUCUGGAAGUUUGUUAAUUCUAAAAGGAAAUCUGAUCAAUUUCCAAACUUUAUGACUUAUGCCUUAAACAAUGAUUGCUUUCCGGGCCCUGAUAAUAUUCCUGAGAUUGUUUUAAAACAAUGUUCUCGUGUCUUAUCAAAGCCAAUUUCAACUUUAUUUAAUAGAUCUAUUUCUGAGGGUACUUUUCCUAGUUGGUGGAAAACCUCUUUCAUACGACCGGUGCAUAAAAAGGGAGAAAAAAAGAACAUUGAAAAUUACCGUCCUAUAGCUAAGCUUUCUAGCAUCCCUAAAGUAUUUGAAUUAAUGGUUUAUGACGUAAUCUACAAUUAUUGCUCAGAAUUGGUAGUGCCAAAUCAACAUGGGUUUUUAAAAAUGAAAUCUACAGUUACUAAUCUUGUUGAAUGUAGUUCUAAAUUUUUAAAUACGAUGGAGGCUGGAUCCCAGACGGAUGUAAUUUAUACUGAUCUGAGCAAGGCUUUUGAUUUACUACCACAUAAUGUAGUACUUUUUAAGCUAGAAAAGUAUGGUUUUCCUCCUUUUUUCAUUAAAUGGAUUGGUUCUUAUUUGUGUAGUAGGAAAUAUGGAGUUAUUUUUCGUUCAUGUAUCUCCAAUUACUUUGUUGCAAAUUCGGGUGUACCUCAGGGUAGUCAUUUGGGGCCUCUUCUUUUCAUUAUUAGUAUUAAUGAUGUAACACGCGUAUUAAAACACAGUGAUUUAAGUAUCUAUGCUGAUGAUAUGAAAAUUUACAGAAGAAUAGACUCCGCUACUGAUACCUUGCUCGUACAGCGGGACCUGGAUUCUUUUGCUAAUUGGUGCAACUUUAACAAUCUUUCCCUUAACGUCUCUAAGUGCUCCGUAGUUAGUUAUACUCGUCGUUCCGUAACUAUAACUUCCAACUAUGUCUUGAAUAAAGCUAAUCUUAACAGGGUUAGUUCUAUUAAAGAUUUGGGUGUUGUAUUUGAUGAAAAGUUGACGUUUAGACAGCACUAUAACGCCGUGAUUAGUAAAGCUAAUUCAGUCUUAGGCUUCGUUAAGCGUUAUACAAAGGAGUUUAAUGAUCCCUACGUUAUAAAAACUUUGUUUGUGGCUUUGGUACGACCACAUCUUGAAUAUGCAAGUCAGGUUUGGUCUCCUUCUUACCGGGACCACGUAAAUAGAUUGGAGGCAGUUCAAAAAAACUUUUUAAGGUAUGCUCUUCGUAAUUUUCAUUGGGAAAACCCUAUUAUUCUCCCACCAUACGGAGAUCGGUUAUUAUUACUUCAAAUGAAAACACUUGAAAGUAGAAGAAUUGUUGCUGAUAUUUUGUUUAUUGUGCAAGUGUUUAUGAGCCGCAUAAACUUUACAUAUGCUAAAAAUAUCAUAGAAGCUCAAUUAAAUAGUGUCACUCGUUUUCGUAAUAACAAAAUUUUUAAUCUUCCUUUUCACCGCACAAAUUAUGGGAAGAAUGAACCUAUUUCUCGAAUGUUAGUUGCUGUUAAUAAAUACAUUUCUCGUGAGGAGUUAUCGCUAACGAAGACUCAACUUAAGAAUACCCUCUUUGCAAAAUUACAUUAG